ACGCAGCAGCUCAUCGAAAACAACAAAAUUUCCCCUUUGCUAUUUUGUUGAAUCAGAAACAAACAAUUCGGUGUGGACUUUGAAGUGACACUCAACUCAAUCCACCGUACAAACGAAAAGCUCGCCGGGAAACUCGCCGGAGUACCUCGUUGACCGCCAUAACAGUUAGAAGGUCCGCCACAAGGACUCUUAUCAUAUGGACAAUUUAUGCCAGCAGAAAAUACAAAAGUAUGAAGAAUUUGUUGAUAAACGCUUGAAACCUGAUCUUCUUCAUGCUACUGCUCAGAGGGACACGGUCUUUGAACAGCAGAAAAUUUUUGCUGAUUUGCGAAGAAACAUUGAAAACCUAGAGAAAAAUAGUGUAACCAGCCUGAGAACUAUGGUCAAUCUUGGAUCUGAGGUGUACGUGCAAGCAGAAGUGCCCAAUACACAACACAUAUUUGUAGACAUAGGUAUGGGAUUCCAUGUCGAGUUUACUUGGUCCGAAGCUUUAAACUACAUAGAGAAAAGGGAAGAAACGAUAGCCAGGCAGAUAGAGGAGUACACUAAAUUAAUUGCUUCAAUCAAAGCUCAAAUUAAACUGGUUUGUGAAGGGAUUCGAGAAUUACUUGAAUUUCCAGCUGAGAAACCCUCACCACAACGGAUAUUCUGAAAUUUACAGAGUACAGACCAAGCUGCUUAUUUUAGAAUUUGUCACCACAGCGGUGAAGAAGAAAUGCAAUUAUGUUUAAAAAAACUUUGAUAUUUAUCCUUUAAUGAGAGAUUGCAUCUUUCUUUGAUCUUA